AUGAUUCAUUGCUCGACUCUCCUCCAAGUCGACCUAUCACGUGACGCGAAUUCACAUCUUUUCCUCCAAUCCCCCCAGACUGCUUCUUUUAGUGGAAUGGGCUCGCUUCACCCUCUGACGCCUAAUCAGCACACCUCACAACAGGACUCUCUCGUCAGUUCUAUGCCUCGUGAGCAGACAGCCAAUUGGCGGAGUGUUUAG